AAAAGAGAAACGCCUUACGGGAUCAAUCCAAGAGAUGGCCCAAUGCAACGGUACCCUACGAACUACACGGUGACUUCAAUGAAACGCAACGGCAAUGCAUACGGACCGCGAUGGAGCAUUUUCACAAUCACACAUGCAUUCGGUUUGUCGAGCAUAGCGACGAAGUCGACUACUUGAAUAUCACACUCGGCGAUGACAGAGGGUCGUUCUACACGAAUUGAUGCACACUUUGGGCUUCCUUCACGAACAUAGCAGACCAGACAGGGGAAGCAACGUCACAAUCAAGUGGAGGAAUAUACUAACGGGUCGAAAACCCGAAUUUAAGAAGUGUAAUGAGAGCCUCGUUGACCUUCUAAACACAACCUACGACUAUUCUUCUAUAAUGCACUACGGUGCCUAUGCUUUCAGUGAAGAUAAAGCAAGGAAAACGAUCGCAACGAAGGUGGAGUUCCCGGAGUUGGGACGACACAACAAACUGAGUGAUAAGGAUGUAUUGAGGCUCAGGAGGUACUAUAACUGCGAAUGCAUUGACAGACAUGAUAGGUGUGGUGAGUGGUCUACUAAUAACCAAUGUAAGAAUCGAGAAGAUUACAUGAAAAUAUACUGCCCUAAAAGCUGUGAUAUGUGUCAUUGGUUUUUUGUCUAA